AUGCUCAAGACACCAGAUGCGUCUGUGGCAUCGCUGCUCGCGUUCCUGAACCCAACAGGGCGCAAGACACAGUCUUCAAACAGUGGUGCUGCACAGGAUGAAGCACGACAGGCCAUCCCACCACUAGAGGAACAACACCUCAUUUAUACGCAACAGACAAAUGCCGCCACCCGACGAGGAGGACGAGGACACAUGCAUGACACCCUUGGAGACGCCGAUACUGUUGACCAGUUUAAACACAUUUUCCAGAAUCGACCCAUCAACAACCAGAUUCAAAAUAACAAUAACAAGCAGACUCCAACUCGCAACGAUACCGAUAACGACCACCGCCACGUUACCAACACUAACACAGCCUACAACGCCAAGUAUACCCAACAAAAAAGCCAACAGCAGCAACAACAGCCGGCGUCAUCUCAGCAACAGAACGUGUGUCCAACAGAGUACUCGGAGCGCGACCAACAGCUGGCGAAAGAGCAACUCAGGAUGGUUCGUCGAAACUUGAGGAACUGUUCGCCCAACUCGUCAUACUUUAGACAGUAUGCCGCCUUGGUCGACGACUGGCGCAAUUUUUUGCCAACAGCCAUCGUCCGAGAUAACAACAACGUCCAGCAUCAACUUCAACAACAAUCGCAGCAACAACGGUACCAAAACGAUAAGGAUGAGUUCUCGGAGGAUUCGGGAGGGAUCUAUUCCGCUCACGAUAUGUAUGACGGGUCUGAGGAUGAAGGGGACGAUGAAUUUGGAUCGCGCCGCCAUGUUGUCGGUAGCAAGCCACCGCCAGUUAAGAAGGAUAUGUACACGCGCACCAUGCCCUCGACCUCGACGUCCAUGCCCUCGUUUGUCAAAGAGCUUCUGCGCGGGGAAGAGCUGGCCAUGUUGGCCUCGUCCGCACAGUUCAACAGUCACCACAACCUUGCUGCUGCAUCCGAUGGUCAGUCCACUACCUGGACCGGCGGCGAAGAGACAGAAGAACUGCUCUUCAGAAACGGAUCCACGUCGUCGACCCUAAGCAGCGUCAUGUCCUCUGACGACACGGAGGCGAAUGACGCCGAUGCUGAUGAGAGUUACGGACCUACUGGAGGACGUGCUGGAGUGACGACACGACGCAACAGGGUUACCAAGACCAAUGGUCCUCGCACCAGAUAUGCACGUCAUCAACAGCGUUCCAACAACAACAACAGCAAGGCAAGCUCUCCAGCUGGUAAUGUUGACGUGGUCAAUUCAGGGCGUCAGCAACGUCAGGGCCGUUGGCACCAUGAACUCAAGAAGAUUGGGCCUGCGGACAAGAGCCCCGCUGGUCGUCGUCGUCGUUCUCCAAAACUCACCACCAACCAACGCCACCAUCAUCAACAGAACAUUCAGCAGCAAUCGGCUCAUUUCGGGCGCAUCCACUUGGAGGAUAUUGUCCGCAGCAUUGAGUCAGAGUUCACUCUUUCUCUGGACCAUGACGAGGGCAGCGAUGAAGAGUCAGAAGAUUCGUUGACAUACUUGGUGUCAGGGUAUGAGAACAGUGGCGUUGAAGACGAUGAGGAGGAUUUGAUUUCGUCCGUCCACCAGCUGCAUCAGGCCAACACCGCCGCCACCCAGCGUGAGAGCUCCAUCUCUGGUUCUGUCUCUGCCGCUUCGUCGAAUGCCGAGUCGACAUCCCCACAGUCUACAUUGCUGAACUCGAGCGACGCACUAUCCGAGGUCAGUAUUGAGGCACCAUCACCUUCAAGCGUACUCCUUGCCUCCGAGUCCACCACCACUACUUUUCCACUCGAUCAGCCACCCAAGUACAUCUACCACAAGGAAUAUCAACCCAUCAUUGCCGCCACCUCUACCCUCGUCGAAGCCGCCGCUCACUCCGCCGCCGCCGCCGCCGUGGCACUAGCCAAGACGCGCGAGGCGAUCAAGGAUCAGGAUGAGAAGGCUACCAACAACAAUAACAACAACAACAACAGCGCCAGACCAUCCUUGAAGCUCGAGACCCAUACCAUGACAGGCAUUGCUCCGGGCGCUCUAAGCGCGUUCGUGAGCCGUCCACUGGGGUCACAGUACUCCUUGACCAAAUGUAACUCAACCUCGAGUCUUUACAUCGACAGCACUAUGCUCAAGAGCGACGUCGACGAGACCCUCCGCGCUGUGGCCACGGUGCUGUAUGAUAAAGUGCUCUUGUCGCACAAGCUGAACGACUGCAGGACCGAGCGGAUCGUCAACUCGUCAUCGUACCAGUCCUCCGAGCGCGUGCUCAUGUCUCAGGCCGACAUCUUUGACUUUAUGCGCUUCAUCUUUGACUGCGGCCAGAACCUGGGUGCAGAGAACGCGAUCAUAACCCUAAUCUACGUCGAACGCAUGACAGAACUCGGGAACCUCUCCUUCCACGCCAUCAACUGGCGCCGCCUCCUCCUCGGAGCCCUCAUCCUCUCCAUCAAAGUCUGGGAAGAUCUUGCCGUCUUCAACUCUGACGUCUGUGCUAUUUUCGAAGGCCUUUCUGUCAAGGAUGUGAAUGCGUUGGAGAGGUUCUCGAUGGCGAAACUGCAGUAUAAUGUAUCGGUCAAGCGAUCGGUCUAUGCGGUGUAUUAUUUUCGGUUGAGGGAUGUGAGUGAGCAACAGUAUAAUUCGCAUUAUGGAAAGUUGACGCUGAGUUUGAGUCAGAGGGAUUUCCAGGGAAGUCAGGGCAUGAUGGCGAUGGCGAUCCCCAGGAACGACUCUUGCGCCAGCACCUCCAGUCGUGGAGGCAGCAGCACCAACAACCGCGCCGGCAGCAACGCCGGUCUUAUGGGCAUGGGCAUGUCAGCCAGCAACGGAAGCAGCACCCUCAGUUCUGGCAACACCAGUCUCGCUAGCAUGACCCACCACUCAAAAGUCCCUGUCGGCCCCGGUUACCGCAAAUGGACCCUCAAACCCCUCUCCGUCCGAGAAGCCGACCGUCUUGAGGCCCGAUCGGCAGUCUAUUGUUCCAACAUGAUGAUGGAGGAGCAGGAGCGGACGGAUGCCGGGUGUUGCCUGGAUAAGUAUUCGUCUGCUUCUCCGGAGGAGUUGCAUAACUUAUCGGCGACUUUGUUGGCGGCCGCAUCUAUGCAUGCCAUCUCCUCGGCGGCGGCAGCAAUGGCGACGGUGGCGGGGUCGCGGCAGGAUAUGUCGGCUUCUUCGUCUGCGUCUUCGAGCGUUGCCACUAUGGCUUCGUCAUCGGCCUCGGAUCUGGCCACCACCAAGCGCCAGCAGGAUAGCAAUGGAACUACUGCUGCGGUUCCGGCUGAGGGAGUCGCGGAGCCAGUGCGUAGAACUCUGAGGUUGAGAAAGAGUCGCAGCGAUUUCUUCUUCCAAAACACCACCCCUGCCUCCAUCAUGUAA